ACUGCAAACUACGUAUAAAAUAUUUACUCUAAAUUCCCAAUACCUAUCACCUAUGUUAGACAGUGCACUUCUAUUCUAAACCAAUCUCAAAGUGCCAACAUCACUGCAGAAAAUGGAGAACAAGAAGAAGAAGAAAGGAGGACUAGUCACACCCUGGUUCCUCCAUCUUGUCCCCAUAACCCAUACCAAAAAUCCUAAAAUCUACAUUUUCACCCUGUGAAUACUUUAUUAUUACACCAUUCAAACCUGUGUGACUUUCAUGUCCUCAUACAAAACUGGCAAUUGGCUGCAAGGGUCGAAAUCAAGCCACCAGGUGUUCCGGGCAGCAUGCCAGGGUCUCCAAGCCCCCCGACGGGGUUCUUGGCAACUCUGGACAUCCAAAGGGAUGUGCUGAGUUCCCACAACAUUAGUCUGGACUUCUUUAAUUUCCUUCUCUUCGUGCAUCUUUCUCAGUUUUCAGUGUGACCAUGUGACCUGCAUAAUGUCAUUGUCAUGUACACAAUAUUAAAAAAAGGCGAAUAUUCACACAUUCAAAAAAAGGAGAAAAACAUCUUGCGUCACUAAAGUGUGUCAGUAUCUGGCACUCAGAAACCAGCAGAGGAACAGCAUGCUGUGUGUAGCAGGGACCUGAGUGUCACUUCUCAGCUCUUGCUGCCCACAUCGCUGCAUCUGGCAAUUACAGUGUCAGGAGAGCAAACAUCAGCAUUAAUUAUAACUGUGGGAUAAUUGUAAUGUUGCUUUAUUCUUUCGUUAAGUUUCCUUUUGAGAGACAGUAGGGACUGACAUUUAUUGCAGGCCUUUAUUUCCAUCUUUAUUGUUCACUGCAUUCUGAAUAGUUCUCAGAAAGUCAGCAUGAAAUGUGGAUUAGAUACAUUCGCAGACAGAUAGUACAGAGGAGCGAGGGGGACAGGAGGAAGAAGGAAAGACACCAAAAAUCAGAUUAAAAGAGCUUCAAAGAUUCUCUUUCCUCUUAGCGGAAGUUUCUAAAGGAUCAGAAGAUGAAGCAAAACAUGAUGGUUAACCUACGAAUAACCACGCUGGAUACUGGAAUUGGAUACAAAGGACGAAUUUUAGAAAAACCGACCAGGUGCUUAAGUGGUCACAGCCGUGACACGGCCUGAGCCGGGUGUCGCCUCAGGGGUGGUUCCGUGCACUGCAGCGCCCGAGUGUGAACGUGAAGCUGACAUCUACACCAGAACAUCGCCGGCAUCCCUCGGGAACGGGCGGUGCGCCGACACCGGGAUUUCCCUGCGGGAAUUGCUCGGCACGGAAGUGACGCGCGGCCGGGAAGUGACGGCGGCGGCGGCGGGAGCGCGGCAGCGCGGGGCCGGUGCGGGCCAUGAACAGCCGCCUGCAGGAGAUCCGCGAGCGGCAGAAGCUCCGCCGCCAGCUCCUGGCGCAGCAGCUGGGGGCCGAGAACGCCGACAGCAUCGGCGCCGUGCUCAACAGCAAGGAUGAGCAGCGGGAGAUCGCGGAAACCAGGGAGACCUGCAGGGCUGCUUAUGAUACUUCUGCACCAAAUGCAAAACGUAAAUAUCCAGAUGAGGGAGAAGCUGAUGAGGAAGAGAUUGAAGAAUAUAAGGAUGAAGUAGAGCUACAGCAAGAUGAAGAAAACCUGCCUUAUGAAGAAGAGAUUUACAAAGAUUCCAGUACCUUUCUUAAGGGCACUCAGAGCUUAAAUCCACACAACGAUUACUGCCAGCACUUUGUGGAUACAGGACACAGACCCCAGAACUUCAUCAGAGACGUUGGCUUAGCAGAUAGGUUUGAAGAAUAUCCAAAACUUAGAGAGCUCAUCAGAUUGAAGGAUGAGCUGAUAUGUAAAUCUAACACUCCUCCCAUGUAUUUGCAAGCAGACUUGGAAGCCUUUGAUAUUAGGGAACUGAAGUCCAAAUUUGAUGUGAUUCUCCUGGAGCCACCAUUGGAAGAAUAUUACCGAGAGACUGGCAUUACUGCCAAUGAAAAAUGCUGGACCUGGGAUGAUAUCAUGAAAUUGGAAAUUGAAGAAAUUGCAGCCCCAAGGUCAUUUGUGUUUCUGUGGUGCGGCUCGGGUGAGGGUCUGGAUCUCGGCCGAGUGUGUCUGCGCAAAUGGGGUUACAGAAGAUGUGAGGACAUUUGCUGGAUUAAAACAAAUAAGAACAACCCUGGCAAGACCAAGACUCUAGACCCCAAGGCUGUCUUCCAAAGAACCAAGGAGCACUGCCUCAUGGGCAUCAAGGGCACGGUGCGCCGCAGCACCGACGGAGACUUCAUCCACGCCAACGUUGACAUCGACCUCAUCAUCACUGAGGAGCCUGAAAUCGGCAACAUAGAGAAACCUGUGGAGAUUUUUCACAUCAUUGAGCACUUCUGCCUCGGGCGGCGGCGGCUUCACCUCUUCGGGAGAGACAGCACGAUUCGACCAGGUUGGCUGACGGUGGGACCCACCCUCACAAACAGCAACUUCAACGCAGAAACGUAUUCCUCGUAUUUCACGGCUCCCAAUUCGCACCUGACCGGCUGCACCGAGGAGAUCGAGAGGCUGCGGCCCAAGUCCCCACCGCCCAAAUCCAAGUCCGACCGGGGUGGGGGUGCUCCCAGGGGAGGAGGAAGAGGAGGGACUUCGGCAGGACGGGGAGAAAGGGGCAGGGAGAGGAACAGAACCAACUUCCGUGGUGAGCGGGGAGGCUUCAGAGGGGGCCGUGGAGGGACCCAUCGAGGGGGCUUCCCCACCCGCUGAGGAGGUGACGGCUGCUUCCCCUGCCUAUGCCUUGACUGGGAAUCUUUCCUGUAGUCUUGUUUUUCCUACAGUGAAAAACUUCCUCCUUCCUCUGGGGACUCAAGCUAGAUGACUUUUACAAUUGUUUUUGGUGCACACCAUUCCAGAUAGUCGGCCUUGCAGUCUCAGCCCUUUACACCACGGGUAGGAUGGAAAUUACCCCCUUGCUUUCCACUUAGGAACCUUGCAAGCUGGAGACUUCUAUUUCAGCUUCAUUUUCUCCAAAACAUGGAUUCCUCCUCCAUCGUUGAAGGUUUCGGUUUGGAUUGUCUUGCAUUAAUAUGAUGGAGUGGGCAUGAAAUGCAGUUCUGAAUUGCAUGGCCACAGCAGACUUGCUGUCCUAUGGAAGAAAAAGUGCUGUGUCUGUAUUGACACCUAUUUUAACUUCUCUGAAACCAAGGAGUAAAUUAAAUAAAUAGGAAUAUAUUUUUUCUUACUUGGUUUAAACUUCCCAAAUUAUUCCUGGGAAUAGGAAAAAGUUAAUUUUUAAUUUGUGGUGUAUAUGCACUCACAUAUCGUGUCAGUAGUGGGGACAGUGGUAGUUCUGUGCAGUUGUAUGUUGUCCUUCCUGGAAAGCACCGAGUUGUGCAUUUAUGUGCAGCCCAGAAGUUGUGCACAGGUCUGGGCUGCUCCUUGAGUGGGGAUCCUCCCCCAGUGUGUGUCUGUAACACCUUGUUCCUUGGGAGGGAAGAGCAGUGUCACUGCAGAGCCGUCCCAGAGACCUCACUGGAGGGAGGGUUGCCCCGGGAGGUGGUGUGUGUGUGUGAUUCCUGAAACAGGCACCGCUGAGGGAACUGAGUGCUGCCUUUCCCUGCGGGUGUUGCCCACAUUGGAGAAUGGCUGUUGCCGAUCCAGUGCAGUGUGGAAAGAAAGUGACCCCCUUCCCUAGGUACAGUGUCUGUUUUUAGCAAAACCACAACUCUGAGCUUCUUGUGCAGUUCUUGGUAGGCUGAACAAACCCAGCUUUUGAUGUCUCAGUGUCUUAGGUGAGGGUUUUGGAAAACUGGCAUUUAAGUCUGAAUAUUUCUCCUGAAGCCCAGCUUUUAAAUGACUGUCCUGUAAAGUAGUGGAUUAUUAAACAUGUUUAUCAAA